AUGAUAAAGAGAAGGAAGAGAAGAUCAUCAACUCCGGUUAUUUCAAUUAAUGGAAGUGUUUCUGGAACAUUAAGUGAAGAAAAUUUACAGAAAUUAAGAAAUGGAUUUGAAUUUAAUCAAGAGAAGAUCUUAAAGAAUUCAGUUAUUGCCGAGGAAGAAGGUGAAGAAGAAGAAAUACUUUCUGAAGAUAUUAGUAGUACAGGAACAUAA